AUGGAUAGCUUGAUAGAAGUAUGGAGAAGGCUAUGGAGGUUGAAUGUCUCGGGUAAUGUGAAGACCUUUUCGUGGAAGACUUUAAAUGAAUGUCUUCCAACCAGGAAAAACUUGUUCAUAAGGAAGAUUUGGGAAGUGGAGACUGUAGAGCAUGUGUUAUGGGGCUACAGUGCUGCUUUUGAUGUGUGGCUGGAAUUCCCUGCUUCCAUUCAGAAAUGGCAUGGAUCAGAGAAGGACUUCAUGGUGUUAUGGGACUCUCUUUGUAAGAGAGUAUCUACAGAUGAGUUAGACUGGGUGACUGCCACUAUGAGGGAUCUUUGGAUGCGCAGAAAUAGAUUUUUCUUUGAACAAACCUUGACAAAUCCAAGUUUGCUAAUACAAGGUGCAAAGAGAAGUCUGGAGAUGUUUAAACUGGCUCAAGAGGGGACCAAAUUAGCAGUUCAUCCUCAAGGUGUGGUGAGAGAUCGGAUUAGGUGGAAGGCAGCAACAAAUUAUAGAUUAAAGCUGAAUUGUGAUGCUACUAUGGACUCAGAUUUCACUAUGUAUCAGCAAGAAGGGUCUCUUUAA